GUGGUGAUGGUGAGUUAUGUGGGUAUACAAAUGAUGAUACAGCAGACUUUGUAUGGAUUAGAGGGAGUGGAAGAAUAGAUGGAUACACAAAAGGAAUAGCAUACGACCAUACGUAUGGAACUGCUGAUGGUCAUUACAUGUACAUGGAUACCUCUGCUUCAACUGGUCAACGUUCUAGACUUGUUUCUAGGACUUACCCACCAACUAAUGCCCAAUGUUGACAUUUUAUUCACAUGUGUAUGGAUCAAAUACAGGAACACUGAGUGUGUUUUACAAGGAAGAAAAUGGCUUGCCCAUGCUGCUGUGGUCCAUAAGUGAAGAUAUGGACAACCAUUGGAGACCAAUGCAAGUUACUAUCACAGCAACAACUUCAUAUCAGAUUAUAUUUGAAAGUAUUGUUGGAAGUGAAGUAGGGGAUGGUCACGAUAUUGCGAUUGAUGAUAUUCUACUUCUACCUAAUGCUUGUCCACCACUUGGAUCAUGUACAUUUGAAGAUGGUUUGUGUACUUGGCAAAAUUCAGAAAAUUCUGAUGACUUUGAUUGGCUAAGAGCUGCUGGGGAAAGCAUGACAGCAGAUACAGGACCAACAGUGGACCACACACUUGGAACACCAUAUGGUGUGUAUUUACUUAUGGAAGCAUCCACACCACAAGUAGAAGGAGAUAUGGCAAGAUUAUUCUCUGUCAGGUUGGAUAAUUCAGUACCAAGAUGCUUGCAGUUUUUCUAUCACAUGCGGGCUAAGACACCAACAGGAAUGGGAUCAAUAAAAGUUAUUCAGUAUUGGAAUUCUGAUUAUAAUUAUGAAUUAUGGGAAGACCAUUCAACAUAUGGUGAUCAGUGGGUUGAAGCUAUGGUGGAUUUACCAAACAACGUCACACAAGAUGAUAUGUUUGUUAUAAGAAUACAAGCGUAUGUUGGAAGUAGUGCUUACGCUGACAUUGCAAUUGAUGAUAUUAACCUGAUGCUUGGUGUGUGUCCUUAUGUACCAACAGCACCACCUGACUGUGCAUACUAUUGUGAUCCAUCUAACCCAUCCACUUCAGUAUGCAUACCAGCAGCAUCUGUUUGUGACUUUAACAUUGAUUGUCCUGUUGAUGGAAUUGAUGAAAUAAACUGCGAGUAUGAUUGUACUUUUGAUCUAGACUUGUGUGGAUGGAUGGAAGCGAGCAGUGGAUCAUUCCGUUGGUCACAAGGUAGUGGAAGCACACCUGAUGCUAAUACAGGUCCCAGUGGUGACCACACAGGAAAUGGUCGUUACAUGUAUGUUGAUGCUGAUAGUGGAGUAAGUGGUAGCCAAGCUCACUUAGUUAGUAAAGUGAUUCCUCAAAGUGGACCUCAGUGUGAGAUGACCAUAUAUUACCACAUGUAUGGUGAUCAUAUUGGAACUUUGCAGGUGAACAAAAAGAUCAAUGGUCAGGACAAUAUAAUGUGGUCGCUUGUAGGCAAUCAAGCAAAUGCAUGGUACCAAGCUAUUGUUAAGCUAGGAAGAACAAAUACACCUUUCCAAAUUGAUGUAACUGCUACGAGGAGUUUUGAUGUUUUAGGUGAUAUUGCAAUAGAUGAUAUAGCAUUUCAAAAUUGUGGCCUGCCUGUUCCACAGUCUAGCUGUCUUGCCCAAGAAUUUCAGUGUGAUAGAGGGGCAUGUGUUGAUGUUGCUCGCAUCUGUGAUUACACUGAUGAUUGUGGGGAUAUGUCAGAUGAAGCUGACUGCACUGCUUACCCUGCAAGGUGCAACUUUGAAAAUGGUGGAAUUUGUGAUUGGACUCAAGAUAAUGACGACGUGUUUGAUUGGACAGUUUCUAGUGGUUUCCGAUGCAGAGCAGAUACUGGACCUUGUGUUGAUCAUACAACAAGCACUCGGGAUGGAAAGUUUCUAUUUAUAGAUUCUUCAACCCAAAUUUCAGGGGAGACAGCUCGUAUUUUGAGUCCUACCAUGAUAUCACGUGUCAAUGCUGAAGAUUGCUCACUACGUUUACAUUACCAUAUGUAUGGAGAAAAUGUCCGAAGUUUGACGGUUUUUACCAGAACUCAAAUAGGAGGACCAUUAGAACAACAGUGGAAACAGCAUGGUACACAAGGAGAUGCGUGGGAACGAACUGAAGUGAAACUUAAACCAAUUGCGAAUAUACCAUUCCAGGUUUUGAUUGAAGCAAUGUCCCCAAACAGUGCACUAGGUGACAUUGCAAUUGAUGAUAUCAGUUUCUCAAAUUCAUGUGAAGUGGAUGGUAGCGUAUUACCACCUGGUACAACUGUUGCAACUACAACUGAAUCACCUUGUCCUGGUGACCUUGAGUUUCACUGUGGUGAUGGAACAUGUAUGCAUAUUGAAAAGUACUGUAAUGGAGUAACGGAUUGCAGCACUGGCUUGGACGAGUUAUAUUGUGGUGAUUGUACAUUUGAAACUGACAUGUGUGGUUGGGAUGAUGUGAGCUCUGGAUUAUAUCAAUGGGAUCGUGUGUCAUCGGGCUCAGUUAUUUAUCCUUCUUCAGACCACACACAAAUUUCUGGUUCAGGUUGGUUUGCAUAUGUUGACCCAGCAGCUGGUGACUACAUGAACUAUGCACACUUGAUCAGCCCUCUACUUCCACAAACAUCAACCACCUGUGCCAUCAACUUCUGGUAUUACAUGUAUUCACCAACGGAUUCAUUUGAUGCAAAGAUCGCUUUAUUGUUAAACAAUGAGGAUGGAAGUCAGAUUAUUUGGAGUUCUGCAAUAAAUGGUGGAAAUCGAUGGAACAACCAAAACAUGGUGGUUGGCGCACAAAACCAUGGUCACUACUUUGUAUUUGAAGUUUACCAUGGCUCAAACGGAGCAAGUGCUGCCCUGGAUGAUAUUUCAUUCAUUGAUUGCCAACAAUCCUCAUCCAACCAGUGUGACUUUGGUCAGUUUGCCUGCACCACUGGCUCUUGUAUUCCAAUAGAAAAUCGAUGUAAUUUUGUUGAUGAAUGUGGUGAUAAUAGUGAUGAACAAGGAUGUCCAAGCUACCAAGCUUGUGACUUCAACACUGACUUUUGCUUGUGGGAAACUGAUCCAUCGAGUACAUUGACAUUAACAAGAGGGAUAUCAUACGAUUCAAAUUCACCAACAACAGACCAUAACAAUAAUGCUGGUGGUUCAUACUUGUAUGUUAAAGCAACAUCUGCAAAUAAUAAUCAACAAUCAUAUCUCAAUGGACCAGUAGUAUACCCUGUUGAUGGUACAGCUUGUCAAAUUCGAUUCUUCUCCAACAUAUAUGGUCUUGAUUCAGGAAGAAUAGACAUUGGGAUUCGAACUACGUCAAGUGGUUAUUCCUUGGUUAGCAGUAUCGUUACCAUAAACAAUGAUCAACUAUGGCAUAAACAAUCUGUACCCCUGAGUUCAAAAGAAUAUUUCCAGGUUGUUAUUGGGGUUAUUCGUGGUGUUGCUGAUCAAGGAACUAUUUCAAUCGAUGAUGUAAGUCUUUCACCAAGCUGCAAAGUUGAUCCAAAUGCCAUCCUUCCCUGCCCUGCUAACAACCUACCAUGUGACAAUGGAUAUUGUCUUGCAGCUGAUAAAUUUUGCAACUUCCAGACUGAAUGUCCAGAUAGCUCAGAUGAACUGACUUGCCCUUCUACUUGUGAUUUUGAAUCUGCUGGUGGUUUAUGCCAAUGGUCAAAUGAUCCAAAGAACUCCAUACAUUGGACACAUCAGCAGGCUAUCAGUAGUAGUCCUGUAGGUACUGGGGGACCGGCUACUGACCAUACGUCUGGUACAAAUCAAGGCAACUUUGUUAUUUUGAAAUCUACAAAUCAAGUGUCAGUCAACAGUAAAGUGAGCUUGCUAAGUCCAACAUUUUCACAAGCUGGUCUCACUUGUUCAAUUCAGUUUUGGUUAUACAUGUAUGGAGACUUUGCUACACUUCGAAUUAAGACAGUAACGGAUACAGAUUCAAAAGAAUAUUGGCAACAGAAUGGUGACCAGGGCAGUCAGUGGAUCAAACACAUUGUUAAAUUACCAACUUGUUUAAAAGACUUCCAAAUUUCAUUUGAAGUUGAAGUAAUAUCGGCAAGUCUUGGAUCUAUCGCAUUAGAUGAUGUAUCGUUCCUCUCAUGUGAAUACCCAGAUGCAACACCUGGCUCAACAUGUUCCGCUAACCAAAAACAAUGUAUGAGUGGCCAUUGCAUAGAUGCUGAUUACUGGUGUGACUUUAACUAUGAUUGUUGUGAUGCAACUGAUGAAAAUGCUUUUGAAUGUGCAAGCUAUUCACGCUGUAAUUUUGAACGUGAUUAUUGUGAGUGGAAAAAACCAAGUGAUGGUUCAGGAAACGAAUGGUUGGUUGGGAAAUCUCCAAGUAACAAUCCAGCAUUCGAUCACACAAGCAAUUUAGAAAAUGGGAAAUAUCUUUAUGUUGAUUCAUCUAGUAUGAGUGGAAGUGCCCAACUUCAAAGUUUUGUAUAUUCAUCUACUUCAUCUCAGUGUUACAUAAGAUUCUAUUCAUUUAUUGAGGGACCAGGAGCACAAUCAUUAAAGGUGAUUGUUGUCACAACAACUGGAGAGUCAGUAAAACUAACAUUGGCACCAGAUGUCAGUGCACAGUGGACACGGAGAAGCAUUUUACUUACUCCAGCUAAUUCAGCUUUCCAGGUUGUACUAGAAGGUUUGGUCCAAUCUAUCAGUCCUGGUGUGAUUGCAGUUGAUGAUAUCUCAUUUAGUGAAGGUUGCAUUAAAUCACCAAAUGAAGGCCCUGUAAUACCUGGUGGUCAAACCACAACCAUUAUGCCACCAUAUGUGUGUGAUGGUAACAGCUUUUUCUGUGAUGAAUCAGGAUUUGUAUGUGUGGACCCAGAUAAAGAAUGUGACUUCAAUAUGGAUUGCCCAAACAACAAAGAUGAAGAAAAUUGCCCAACGCAAUGCUCAUUUGAGGGAACACCUUCUAUAGAUGGAAGUAAAUGUGGAUGGGGUGAAAGUAUAGCAAGCCAACUGGAUAGUUUCAACUGGGUGAUAUCUGAUGCUCAAAGUGCAAUUAUAGGCAUGGCACCAACAACUGACCAUACCACAAUGUCCCAGCAAGGAAGUUUUGCUUACAUUACCAAACUUGGUUAUCAACCUUUACAAACUGCUGAACUUGUUUCACCUAUGUUUAAAAAGUCUUUCAGCACCUGCAAGAUUGUCCUGUAUUAUUACCAAACUGGAAUCUCACCCGGUCAAACGGAUGUAGUUUUAACAACAAACAAUGAAUUUUCAUUGAUGGCUUCAAUAACAAAUAAUGGGGAUUCAAACUGGAAAGCAUUAGCACUGGAUAUUGGUAAACAAGUAUACACAUUCCAGAUAUCUAUAACAAAAGUAGAUGAAGGAUAUGAUGGGAUUACUGCCAUUGAUGAUGUGAAUUUCAUUGGAUGCAACACACCACUACCAUCAUCAUGUAACCCUGCUAAUCAGUUUCAAUGUACCACCACACAUGUGUGUGUAGACCAACAUGAUAAUAUAUGCGACGGUGUGGAUGAUUGUGGAGAUUACUCUGAUGAAUCAGGCUGUCAAACCACAUUCAUUACUACUUUUGAAACUGGAUUAAAUGGUUGGAGCCAAGAUAAUAUUGAUGAGUUUGACUGGACAUUACAAUCUAAAUAUUCAGAAACUACAACAGGACCUUUAAGAGAUCACACACUUUCGAACAAGUUUGGAAAUUACGUUGUCAUGUCAUCAGCAUCACAAACGGCUGGUGAUAGAGCAUGGUUGAAUAGUUCUCCAAUGCAAAGUAGAACAAACUGUGAGCUUCGAUUCUGGUUUUACAUGAAUGGUCCAGACGUCUACAGACUUUCUGUAUAUACUCGAAUAAAUACUAACGGUGGGUUUAAUCAUUUGAAAGACUUUAUUGGGGAACCAACUGACAACAUGUUGUGGCAGCGUGCUGUUAUACCACUGAUUGUGGAUGAUCCGUUUGUGGUUGUAAUUGAAGGUGUUGUUGGAUACGGAAAUGUUGGUUUUAUUGCAAUUGAUGAUGUUUCAUUCUCAACUGAGUGUUCAACUUAUAAUGGAGUUCUCCCCACAUUACCCAAUGGUGGCACACCAUCUGAACCCAACCCCCCAUCAUCGUGUGAUGAAAGUAUUGAGUUUUCAUGCAGAAUAAACUCAGGAGCGAACUGUGUGUCUUUGGAUAAAGUUUGUGACUUUAGAUCAGAUUGUCAGGAUGGCUCAGAUGAGUCAACGUGUGUCAGCAAGAAAUGUGACUUUGAAUCUGGAUGGUGCGGUUGGACUUCAGGAACCCAAAUCCAAACAAUGGAUGAUACAAACGUAUACAGCUGGAAGAAGGGCAAAGGAAGUACUUUACUUCCAAAUGAAAAUGGGAAAAGACCUGGAACUGAUCAUACACAAUCUACUGCAUCUGGAUUUUAUAUUUAUGCUGAUUCAAACCAGGCAUCAUCUAACUCUACUGCUCAGUUAUUUUCAACUAUGAUCGCAAAAUCUGGUUCUCAAUGUACACUGAGAUUUUUCUACUGGAUGGGAUCAAAAGCAACCGACCAAGUUGGUUCACUUCAUAUAGUUGCUGUGAAUAACCAAGGAACACGACUUGAACUUGUUGAAGUCCAACGUGUACAAGUUAAUCAAUGGUCAGAAGCACGAGCUUUGAUAGGAUCGCUUGUUAAUUUCCAGAUUGUGAUUGAAGCAAGGGCACAAAAUAUGAACGAUGUUGAUAUCUCUGUUGAUGACUUGGAGUUUAUGGAUUGUUCACCAAAUAUACCAUCUACAAGUGGAUGUGCAUCAACACAGUUUACAUGCGCUAACCUUGUGUGUAUUGACCAGUCAGUAAUUUGUGAUUAUGCUGAUGAUUGUGGAGAUGCAAGUGAUGAAGUACAAGCACUCUGUUACCAAAAAUUCCCAAGAUGCAACUUUGAACAAGAUUUGUGUCAAUUUGAACGAGAAUUUGUUGACUUUCAAUGGCAGCUAUCAACACCAGCUAUGGUUGUUGAUGGUACGUUACAACCAGCAUAUGACCAUACUCUACAUGGACCACAAGGUCAUUACUUGCUAGCUGACCCCAUGACAUCAACUGAUCCAUCACAUAAUGGGAAAGCAAGAAUUGGAACUCCAGGGUUGUUCAGAUCAACUUCUCUAUAUUGUGUUGUUCGAUUCUACUACCAUGUGAUGUCAACUAGUGAUGUGUUGAAGAUUUACACACGCACUGCGUGGACAUCCAACCCAACAACUGGUCUCAACCUUGUCUACACAAACACAGAUGAUGCUAAUUAUGCUGGACCUGGUAACUUCUGGCAAAGAGCUGAUGUAACUGUUGCAGCACCCACUGAUUUCCAAGUUAUUUUUGAAGCAAGUCACACAACUGGUGAAUUCACACCAUCCAUAGCUAUUGAUGAUAUCAGCUUUAGUGAUGGUUGUGCAUAUGAUGCGUCGGGUGAGCAUGGGGUCAUCCCCACAGCCCCACCCCAACCCUCUGAAUGCGGGGAUGGUUAUUACCCAUGCGCUGCGGGUGGUUGCUAUGAUAACUCACAAAGAUGUGACUUUCUUGAUGAAUGUAAAGACUCACAACCUCCUAAUGCACCGUCAGAUGAAAAAUCUUGUGGAUCAUCAUGUACAUUUGAUAACGAUGGUUGUGGAUGGACAAACUCUAAGUCAGCAACUUAUAAUUUUGAUUGGUCAAGAUCCAGUUCUUCAGGUCCAGGUUCUGAUCAUACAUCCGGGUCUGGUUCAUACAUGGUUGUAACAACUGGGCCACAAACCAAUGUUGGAUCAAAAGCUCACCUUAUCACUGAUGUAUACCAUAGAUCUGCUGCAAGUUGUAAGAUGAAUUUUUACUACAACAUGAACUCCAACGAUAAUCAGAAUUCUGAUAUUGGAAUGCUUCAUGUAAUAAUCAAGUCUUCAUUGGGUGCAAAUCUUGUUUUGAAUAUACCUGGAAGCCAAGGCAAUACAUGGACACAGAGUAUAGUUCCUGUUGGACAAAACAGAGAUUUUGAGAUUGUGUUUGAAGUUGAAAAUGGGAAAGCCAGUGGAUAUGUUGCAAUAGAUGAUGUUACUUUCAAUGACUGUGGUGACCAAUCAUCAGGUCAUGUAUGCGAUGCUAAUGCAUUUACAUGCGCAGAUGGUCAAUGCAUAUUCUCUGAUGAGGUAUGCGAUAUGAGAAAUGAUUGUGAUGAUGGAAGUGAUGAACUUACAUGCCCAUUACAUGAUGGAGAUUGUACAUUUGAUGGACAAGCAUGGGGUGGAACCAGUGGUUGCAAGUAUGUUCAAAACCAAGAUGAUAAUGGUGAUUGGCAAUUAUCUGAUGGGACAGGUCUAAGUAAUGGAAACCCUGUCACAAGUGGACCAUCUAUGGACCAUACACCAUCUGCUGGUGGUUAUUUCGCAAUGGUUGAUGUAACCUCCCUUCCACCUGGUUCAGUGGUUAGGUUCACCACAUCAAAAGCAAUGCCUGCAAGUACAGACAUCUGUACAAUUCGAUUUUGGUAUUUUAUGUCAGGAACUGAGUUAUCCACAAUAUUACGAACAUAUGUUGUUGAAAGCACUGGCACACGUCUACUUACUUCAUCUUUCUAUGGAAAUACUGGAUCCAGUGAUUGGCAAUAUGCAUCAGUAGUUGUGAGCAGUAAUAAUUUAUUCCGAGUUGAAUUUGAGGCUGAAACUGGCAAUUAUGCCUCAAGUGGCGGAGUGAUUGCAGUUGAUGAUGUCACAUUCACUGAUGCAUGUCGUGAAGGACACACAGCCACUGCCCCACCCAUACACUGCACAACAACCCAGUUCUCAUGUUCAAACAAUGGUGUGUUGGAGUGUAUGCCAAACUCAUAUAUAUGUGAUGGUUUUGUUGACUGCAGUGAUGGUACAGAUGAAGUUGGGUGUGCACCUGUCACUAACCCUGGAACAACACCACAACAACAUACUGGGAAAUGUAAAGAUAAUGAGUUCCGAUGUUCAAACGACGCUUGUAUAAGUGGUUUGUUAGUUUGCGAUGGCGUGGCUGAUUGUAACAAUGGAGAUGAUGAAAAGAGUUGCCCAGUCAUCACUUGCUCUGUUGGUCAGUUUUACUGCAAUGAUAAUGGUGGGAGUUGCCUUUCUUCAUCUUUACAAUGCGAUGGUCAAGUGGAUUGUAUGGCGUAUAAUGCAGAUGAAAGCUUAUGUGGCAUGUGUCCAAUGAACUACUGUCAAAACAACGGUCAAUGUAAGUUAGCAACACAUGGAGCCCCAUAUUGUCAAUGUUUAACUGACUAUGUUGGAAUGAGGUGCAACGUGUAUAAACCGGAUACUGGUAACCCUACAUCUACCAGUCUAAGUGGAGGUUCUGUUGCUGGUAUUGUGAUUGGAUGUAUCCUAGGUGUCACCAUGCUUGUAGUUGCUGCAUACUUUUAUAUUACAAGAGAAAGAAGAUUCCGGAGUAAACUGGAUCAUACCGGUUAUGACAACCCAAUACUAUAUGACACAACACCAUAUGGUUCAUCUAGUUUUGGAACUGAAAUGACAAGCACAAGCGGUGCUACUGCUAUGAGAGAAAUACCUUCACCAAGUGGGAUAUCCAACCCUGGUUUCAAUGAUUCAGACUUACAAACAUUUGGACAAUCUAAUGAUAUAUAUGCAACUGUUCAAAAACCUUCCAAACAUGAUGAUAGUAAUGCAUAAUUACUAACAUUCUUUUCUCAUUUUUGUUGUUUAAUUUUAUACUAUUAUUAUUUUUAGCUCAAUAAUUUAUAUUAUAAUGCAAUAAACGUUGACAUAACA